UAUCAACAGAUGGUGGCCUCAGGAUGGUGAGCAGGAAAGAUAACAGAAUCUAGGUGGGGCCAGAUGCUGAUACUUUCCGCCCUCAUUGGUGGUUUUCUUGCUCUGACUUUGCAAGCCUGUUCAUAAUUCCAGUAUGUUUUUGUAUGAGAGAAUAACAGUUGGAUUACUAUUGUCAGGUUACUUUUUAACAACAAGUGCCAAUGCUGCACUUACAACCGAAGUUUCUUCAACUCAUUCCCUACAAGCAAGAACAGGUUAUUCUUUAAAAAGUACCAGUGCUAUAAAGGCAACCGAAGUUUCUCCAGCUCAUUCCCUACAAACAAGCACAGUAAAUACUUCCCCAAAGGUCCCUCCUACAAUGAGUGAUGAAGAGGCUGCUGUCACCACCAUAGACCCCUCCUACCCAGGAGCAAAACAAGGAAGAAAUCAAAUUAUACACCCUUUCUCUGAACCAGUGAUAAUAUUAAUUAUUUUUGCGGUAAUGUUUGGUAUCAUUGGAACAAUCCUUUUAAUUUCUUUCUGUGUCAGGCGACUAGUCAAGAAAAGUCCACCAGUCAUAAAACCUGUCUCCUUGGAAGACACAGACUUGCCUUUAAAUUCUGUUGAAAUGGGACAGACAGCUCCUGCCUCUAAUCCUUCUACAGAAUAACCAAAGAGAAUGUGCUCACCAAGCCAAAUUUUGGAAGAAUUCAAAGACAUUAGUCAAGUGAAAAAUGAUCACAGAAAUUGGAACCAUCAGUAGAUUAUGUAGCUACCUAUGUUGUACCAUUUCAGGAAGCAAAUUUCAUCAUAAUGUGUUUCAGAGAUUCAACCAAGAGGAAAAAAAUCUUUGCUCAUUAAUACUUCAAGAUAAAGAGUGUACAUUUCCUUGCAUGCUUGCUUUUGUGUUAGCAUAAUUUUUAUAAUUAAUUGCUUUAGGAUAUCUGACCUAAAAUUUCUGCUGAAUUCAUCUGCUAUUUUUUAAGACUGACUUAUUCUAUCCUAUUAUAAUCUUAAUGAUUGCACUGUCAAACGAAGGUCUUAUAACAUCUCCUCUAAGUAUAAGUUCUUCUCUUUCUAAACUCUUAGGUUCACUUUCAUUGUUUUAAAUAAACUACAGGGUCAAUGAAGUCC